GUAAACUUCAAGUUUUGGUCCUUUAGACAAGGCGGUGCAGCGAUGAGGCUUUCUCGGCCGUCGCACCACGCUGACAACCACCACCACGAUGAUCCGAAGAGCCGCCGACAGACCACACACCAUGGCUCCCUGCCCACGGUGGUGCUGCUCAUCAUCGCCACAGUGCUCACGAGCUUCAACGAGCAGCUGCUGCCGACCUCACUCAAGAUCCCGGAAGGAUUUGGCGCCGGCGGCAAAGGAGAUCUGGUGCCCUUGCUGUCGGCCGCCAUCGGAAUGGUCGUGUGGGGCAUCGCGGUGGACCACACGACCAUCCCGCUGCAAAGGCUGAUAAGCACGGCAACCACGUUGCUCGGGGCGUCGGUGGCAUUCUUCUCCUUCGCCCAGACGGCAUGGUCCUUCGUUACUCUAAGGGUAACAAAAAGAGCCGCACUCAGGUCAUGCAGAGGGCCCCUGCUCAUGGGUAUGUCGUCUGUGUCCGCAGGUAUUGUGCAGUUUCGCAUUUGCGAGCGUCGGUCCCAUCUGCCAAUUUGCGAUUCAGCAGACGGUACCUCAAGGCCGCCGGGGGAAGCUGUUCGGCCUCCUCCAUCUCUUCAGCGUUUUCGGGCUACUCUUCGGCGGAUGGGCCACCGCAUCACUCUCAAGUUUCUUCACGCUGGGACUGCCGGUAUGGCAGACCGCAACAUCUCUAUCCUACGGAUGGACACGUUCUGCACUCUCUCGCCGUGUGUUCUCUCAGGGCUGGCGUCUCGUCUACGCGAUAGUCGGCAUCAUCACGUUCCUCAUCGGCCUCGGAAUCGAUGAUGCCUCCACCUUCAGUCGAUGGAUGCCGUGGGCCAUCUCCCACCACGCCCCUGCGCCCCCCUCCUCAGCAGCUGACACCAACAGCGAGCAGAGCUCAGAGGACACUGAGGUCGCAUCGACGAUGUGUCCCGGAGACCAUGUGGCCGUCGUGACGAGCGGCGGGACCAAUAGCAUGAGUGGGAGUGCCAGCCACAGCAGCAUGGCGGGGUCCGACAUGGGCGUGGGGGAGGUGAUGCACCACCACCAUCUCCACCAGCACCAUGAGCCUGCGUCGACACUCAUGACCAUAUUCAACCCCACAGUCAUCGUCAUAUUCAUCGAGGUCGGGAUGGGAGGGAGGGAGGGAGGUGGCAAGCACACAGCACACACUCGGUUACUUCCUCUCUCUGCCUGUCUCUGGCUCUCAGGGUCUCUUCUCCUGGGUGCCGGCGACGUCCCUGGUCUUUGCCACCACACUCUUCCAGUACAGCCGCGUGUCGGACAUCCCGGCAUCCUUCAUCAUCUCCCUAUACUUCAUUCUCGCGGCUGCCAUCUCGCCUCUCGGCGGGUGGGUGUCCGAUGCGGCCUUCGCAUGGUCGCCCCCGCACGGCCGCCCUCUCGUGGCGCAGAUUUGUGCGGCGGUCAAGGUCCUCAUAGCGUAUGUGCUGUUUGUGGUGCUGACGGGCGAGUGGGGUUGGGGCGGGGGCGCAUACGUGGGGCAGGCGGGGUGUUUCCUCAUGCUGGGCUGUCUCUCGGGAUGGCCCCAUGUGACCACAUUGCGGCCGAUACUGACCGAUGUGGUGUCACAGAAAUGCCACGCGACCGUCUUUGCGGUGGUGAGCAAGACUUGAAUUUUUCCCUUCCCUUCCACUGUUCUGUUCUCUCUUGUAGAUAUACGCGUGUGGCGCCAUUGUGGCGGGACUGUUAGCCGUAUCGACGGUGGAUGUGCUCAGCCAGCAGUUCUUAGGGUACAUCAACACGCCCCUGCCCAUCUCCCGCAUGCCGGAUGCCCUGCGCCACCACAACCAGCGGGCCCUCGGCUACUCCCUCUUCAUCGUCACGGCCGUGCCGUGGAUGGUGUCGGUGUGUUUGCUGUCGCUGCUGCACGUGACGUAUGGGCGGGACAGGCAGAAGGCCGACGACCGACAGGUGGCCAUACGGGGGGAGGUGGGGGAGAAAACCCCGCUGGUAGGGGGAGGGGGGCACGUAUAAGGGGAGAGAGGGCAGAUAGGCUGACAUUGAUAGUGAUGUAGGGGAUGGCUGACUAGGAAGGGGCGGAAUUAAUUAAGGUGUGUGUACAGGCAGGCGACUGUGUGUUUGUGUCUGCAUGUGUGUGUUUGCAUGAGAGGGAGGGAUCAUGACUUCUCGGUGCAGUCCGUGAGACGUGUUGUUUGCUUAAGUAGAG